AUGAUCAGACAAUCGCGACAAUUCUUCUCUAGGUGAGAAUUAAUUGAAAAACAAAAAAGAAUCCAGAAAACUUCAGGUGGAAAUUUUUAAUAUUCGGAUGCUGUGUAACAUAUUUGCUCGUUUUCUAUUUACCCCCAAAGGAUGAAAAGGUAUACAUUGAAAUGGUAAAAUUCUUUUGAAAUUUGACUUAAAAUGAGUUUUUUUUUAACUCAGGCAUCGCAGGAAGAUGAGAUAAUCAAUAAAUUUAAUGAGCCCAAGGCUCUAACAACUAACAUUCCAUUACGCAUCGAGCCAAGUUUGAUCAAAAAAGGUGGUUUAUUGUUUAUUAUUGAUGAAUUUGAUUUUUUUUUUUUCAGAAGUAUUCAAUUUCAAUCCUGUGGGAAAGGAGCCGUUUUUUGUAGAAGAAGUUAUGACGGACAGCCCCAUCAAAUUGGCUGAAAGAAUGAAGUGCAAUGUCAAAAAAGGUAAAGAAUUUUUGAACUCUUUCAAUUUUUGAUAAAAGAAAUCGAAUACAAAAAAGGCCCACGCCACUGUUUGGAACGGUCUUGGUUGGUUUACUGCUAGUCAUAGGAAAACUUUCAAAAGCUGACGGAAAAACUAGACUAUUUCGGAGAGAUUUAGAGAGCGCAGACAAGCCAUACUGUCGCAAGUCGUGGAGGGUUCGGAAAAGAUUUUUCAUUUUUUGUUUGACUGUUUUUGAAGCUUUUGCUCUGUAACGCACCAUCUUCUUUAUCAGCCGAGCUUCGGUGAAAAAAAAUUUCUAGGUGAAAAACGAGUGAUUCUCUCUUGGAAUGCCGGACAUUCGCAGGAAAAUCUCAACGGCUGCAAAGAUUGGAACUGCGAAUACACUCACGACCGAUCCAAAGUUGCGGAGGCCGCCGCGGUAGGAAUACUUCUAACCUCCAAUCAUAGAAAAGAAAAAUUUUCCAGGUUUUACUAUCUCAUCAGGAUCCGUCGUUCAUCCGGCAAUCCCUCGACCAAUACGUCAUUUAUUUUAGUCAGGUAGGUUCAAUGAAUAAUAUUUGUAAGACAAAAUUUUCAAGCUCCAUAGAAAUUGGACUUAUCAUUAAUUUUUUUCGGAAUCGCCGGUAAAUUCUGGGUUCAAUGUGCCGCAGCAAGAUUACUUCAACAUGUCCUUGGGCUUCCGACACGAUACAGCAGCAAGUUCGCCCUACGGUUACACUGUGAAGCUUGGUCCCAAGUCUAGAAAAACCGGCGAGGUGUGCUCGAAAGGACUACGAAAAUCAAAAGAACUUUGAAGAUUGUCGACAAGAAGGUAGUAGAAGGGAAAAGCAAAGGGGCCGCUUGGUUCGUCAGUCACUGCUCGACAAACAGCCGCAGAGAAGCCUUCGUCCAUGAGCUGCAGGUGAAUAUUUCCUUCGUCUUGUACUAUUUUUGUUCUCUCAGAAACACUUUCCUGUGGACAUCUACGGAGGCUGCGGGACGCUCAAAUGUCAAAGGAAUACUCUCUGUGAAUCGAUGCUUGAUACUGAGUUAGUUACUUUUUUGUGAAGAGUUAACAGCCCUACUUGCAGCUAUCAUUUCUAUGUGGCCUUCGAGAAUUCGAUCUGCAAGGAUUAUAACACAGAAAAACUUUGGAGACAAGGAUUCCAACGGACUAUCAUCCCCUUGGUGUUGAAGGUAUUGUAGAUUUUCUCUUCCCUUCUCUCAGAGUAACGGAAAAAAAGUUGCCACGAUUUGAAACGGUCUGUGUUCCUGGUUUUAAUUUCUUGGGGGUCGCUGAGAGAACAGAGAGCUUUUAAAAGUCAGAUUGUUCCAAGUCGUGGCGAGGUGUUCAAAGUAGUGCAACCUUUUUGGAGAUUUUCAGAGAUCGCUGGCCGAACCAUUUGUCCCACCAAACUCGUUUCUCGCUGUCGAUGACUACAAAACGGUCGAGGAAAUGGCCCAACACAUGCAAUAUCUCAUGAAAAAUCACACGGCUUACAUGUAAGUUGAACGUUUCUUUCUAUUGACUUGAAAAGGAAGGAGAAUAGCCUAUUGGGUGUCGACUACUUUGAAGUUGCGCCCGACCACUAAGCGACAUUGGCUAUAUGCCCCCAUAGGCUAAUCUAGAAAUGGUACCGCGAUCUCCCGGAGGUUAAUCAAAUGGUCUGGAGUCUAAACGGCUCCUGAGCUAGAUAGAGAUAAAAGAUAUAUUGGAGGUAUCUCGAUGGACCCAUACAAGAUACCUCAGUCCAUUUAGAGAGGUAAACUUCCUUUUGACACAUUUUGGUACACUCGCGACCUGUGCUACACUAGGAAUAAAUUCUUUCAAAUCCCCUUUUGAAUCGCUCUUUGAGCCACUCUUUUCAUAUCGACCUAGGGCUGAAUGUACACUACAAAACAGUUUUAAGGGAGUACUUCGAAUGGCAAAAAGACUACAAAGUCGUGUUUUUGGACGGGUCCAAUCACGACGUCCUCGAAAGACCUUGGGGCUUCUGCCAGGUUUCGUUUUGAACUUCCCUACUUGAAUAUUCUGUUUUUCCAGGUCUGUCGCCUUGUUUGGGAGCAACCUCGUCAGUAUCACGUCAUUGAAAGUAAGGAUUUCUGGUGAUUUUCUUUCAUUUUUAUCUUUGUUCAGAAUGGAGCAAGUUCUGGCAGGAAUCUUGCGAGAAGGAUGGAUCCUUGGUGAAUACUAUACUGGCUGGUUCUUUAUAG